AUGACUGAAAGCCCCGCGACAAAGCCAGCCAACGGGGACGUGUGUCAGCGGGCGAAGAACGGACUGAAACCGGAGAGAAACGGCUUGGCGAGGAGCCUCCACCGCUGCCAUGAGCGGCAGCCCAAGCACCACUGCCACCCCGAGGAGGAAGAGGAGGAGGUCCAUGCAGCAACACAUCAUGGCAGCCUGUACAGCAGGCCCUUCAUCGAGUCUUUCGAGGAGACGCCCAUGCUGGUGGCAGUGCUCACCUACAUGGGCUACGGCAUCCUGACCAUCUUCGGCUACCUCCGCGACUUUCUCCGUCACUGGAAGAUCGAGAGGUACCACAUCGCCAGGGAGAGGGAGGAGCAAAAGGACUUUGUGCCCCUCUACCAGGAUUUUGAGAACUUUUACACCAGAAAUCUCUACAUGCGUAUAAGAGACAACUGGAACAGGCCCAUAUGCAGCGUCCCGGGGGCCAAAAUGGACCUGAUGGAACGAGCCUCCCAUGACUACAACUGGACUUUUGAGUACACAGGCCGGGUAGUGCAGGAUGUGAUUAACUUGGGUUCCUAUAAUUACCUUGGCUUCGCUGAGAACACAGGUCCAUGUGCUGACUCGGCAGCCGAGGUCACCAUGAAGUAUGGCGUCGGCGUUGCAAGCACCAGACAGGAGAUUGGUAACCUGGACAGACAUGAGGAGAUGGAGAAACUGGUGGCUAAGUUCCUGGGUGUGGAGUCAGCCAUGGCAUUCGGGAUGGGUUUUGCAACCAACUCCAUGAACAUACCAGCACUGGUAGGCAAGGGCUGUCUGAUUCUGAGUGAUGAACUGAACCAUGCCUCUCUGGUCUUGGGAGCCAGACUCUCCGGGUCCACCAUCAGAGUCUUCAAACACAACAACAUGCAGAACCUUGAGAAACUGCUGAGAGAAGCCAUAGUUCAUGGGCAGCCCAGGACUCACAGACCAUGGAAGAAGAUCCUCAUAGUGGUAGAGGGCAUUUAUAGCAUGGAGGGCAGUACAGUGCGUCUGCCGGAAGUGAUUGCCCUGAAGAAGCGCUACCGGGCCUACCUUUACCUAGACGAGGCCCACAGCAUAGGGGCCCUGGGGCCGAGAGGGAGAGGUGUGGUCGAUUACUUUGGCCUCGACCCCUGUGAUGUGGAUGUCAUGAUGGGCACUUUUACCAAGAGCUUUGGCGCUGCAGGGGGAUACAUUGCAGGGAAAAGGGAGCUUAUUGAGUACCUGCGCUCCCAUUCCCACAGUGCGGUCUACGCCACCUCCAUGUCUCCUCCUGUGGUGGAGCAAAUCAUCACUUCUAUGAAGUGCAUUAUGGGAGAGGAUGGCUCCACGAUCGGCCGUGAGCGCGUGCGGCAGCUGGCAGAAAACACAGUCUAUUUCCGCAAGAGGCUUCGAGAAAUGGGCUUCAUCAUUUACGGCAACGAGGACUCGCCUGUCGUACCCAUGAUGCUCUACAUGCCUGCCAAAAUAGGAGCGUUUGGCAGGGAGAUGUUGAAGAGAAACAUCGGGGUGGUGGUCGUGGGCUUCCCCGCUACACCCAUCAUCGAGUCCCGGGCACGCUUCUGCAUCUCGGCCGCCCACACAAAACACAUGCUCGACAGGGCGCUGAGUGCCAUCAGUGAAGUAGGAGACCUUCUUCAGCUCAAGUAUUCCCGACACAGAAUACAGCCAUCUUUGGCGCGGCCCUUUGACGAUAAUGUGUAUGAGGACAUUGACUGAUGGACCACUCUUCUCCUGAAGUGGCGUGAACCUGAGCAGCCCCAGAAAAUACAGAACUGGUCAAGAUGGAUCACAAGUCUUCCACAAGGACCAAGAUGUGCGCAGGUGCUUCUUGUUACUCGCUUGCCAUGAUGUAACCCCCGCCAACAAAAGGAACACAUUAAAAAAAUAAAAAAAAAAUCAUGUAAUUCCACUUUGCCUUACCUAAACAUGCAGAACUUGUGAUGAACACACAUUGGAAAAAAACGCACCUCUGCUUUUUCCUUUUAUUACCUUUUAGUUCAUGAUUUUGGGGCCAAGAAUUUAUUUUGUUUGUGUGUGUGUGUCUGCAGUUCUUGUAGCAUUCGUCCUGUGCUUGUGUAUGUGAAGUGGACAAACGUCAACUUUCCAAAUGUUUCUGAAAUGGUGAGCUGCUGGGAUUUAUUUUUUUCCUAAUGUGGCUCUAAAGUGAACUUUAAGUGUCAUUACUUUCAAACAUCAAUCUAAAGAACAAGACUUGGCCUUUUAUCCAGUACCAUUCAGAUUAGUGAUUGCCAUACGCUGAAAGCACUGGAUGUUGCAUUGUUUGGACAGGGCCACGUGACUAAAAUGAGAUUUUAUCACUGUCUGUCUGUUAGCAAGGCAUCACACAAAGUGAAAUGGAUUUUAAGGAUUUUGUAAUUAAUGAUCUAGUUCUGGAUUUUUGUUACCAUUAGACCAUUUUUGUUUCACCAUUCCUGAACUGGGAGUGGGUACUCUUGCUAGAGGGCUUCUAUUUGUCAAAGGUGGUUUUAUAUGUUGACGCAGGUAUAACCUUUCAACAUUUCUUUUUAGGAAACAAUAUUCGUCUAAAAAGCCCUGUUAAUGACACCUAGAGACCGUAUUGCUGCUACUUAACUUAACAUUUUUGAACCAACAAAUCUUCUGAUCACAUUACAUUGCUCUCAUUGUUCUUGACAGGCUAAAAAUAUAAAACCUCAGAGUUAAGUGUGCCACUUUUAUCGCCAGUAGUGUUUGAUGUAGCACUACAAAAAAUGAUGCCAAAUAUCAGGGGAUGCUGAACUUCAGAUAAUUACCCUGAUCAAUCCCAAUGACUUGUAAAGAAAUAGUUUAACAUUUUGGGGGAAAUACUUCUGUGAUAAAUAUGAAGCUACAGCCAGCAGGCACUUAGCUCCACUAGCCCGAGAGAGGUAUCAUUCUUCUCAUCUAAAUUUAAAACGAAGCCCGAAAAGCUUUCCUUUUAAAGCCGGGUCAUUGGGGGUAUCGGGUUAAACGUCUAAUGCUUGCUAUAGCAAGCUAAUUUACUUAGCAUAAUUAGCAUUCAAAAAAGCCAUGUAAACAAGAAGGCUUGAAUUACAGCUUGAGAACUUUAUUCACUUGAGCUAACACCAGCUCUGGGUCAGUGCAACAGUGCCAAAAUGGAAAUGGAUCGUAAGUACUAGUGAGCAUUAGCCAUGGUAUUGUAAUGUAAGAGUAUGUUGGCCACACACAGAGGAAAAGUCCUGUUUUGAAAAAGUCCAACAGUCAGAUUGUGGGGUUAAUAUUUUCAUAAAAAUCCCAUCAAAAUCAUCAAGCGUGUCUGCAACCACUCCAAAUGCAAGAAGAAAAACACUAUUUUUAGUGUAAUACUCAAAUCGACAGCUAUUUAGUCUUCCAAAGAUUUACGUGCAUCUUUUGCUUAGAAAUGUAAUUAUCAAUUUGGAUAGUUUUGUUGAAAAAAAUUCAUCUGGAUUAUAUCUUAAAUUCCACUGGUCCAAACAUGUGGAAUAUACUUUAUUAUGCUCCUUUUAAAGAAAUUUUAGUAUUUUUUUAGAUUGCACCCAUCCAUAGUCAGUGGAUAACUUAAAAAGUGGUAUUAACUGAUUAACAAAACUUAAGAAAGCAGUGUUGUAAUUCAGACUGAUAGUACUGCUGUUGGAAAGAAAUGUCUUUUGAAGCUUAAAUGGAGAAAUUAAUCCAGUUAUCCGUUAAUUUGGCUGGCCUCUUGUUCCCACAGCUAUGUUACAUGUCGCCAUCACUGGCAUCCUUCAUAGAUUUUACUUGACCAACUUAGUGUGUAUUGUAGUUUAACGUAUUAAAGAUGACCUCAAAGAUCAAUUUUAACAUGACUCUCAGACUGUAAGGCCAGAGUCAUAAUUGUUAAAUUAUCUGCUCAAUAUAAAGCCCAGGUUAUUGGUAAUAAAUGCUGAAGUGCUGAAUGCUGAAAAUUUUUACAAAUGUGAUACUUCUGUCUCCAGGCCAGAACAUCUAAACUAUUUAUACUAAACUAAUCUGGAUGUGAUCUAGCGCUGGUUAUAAUAUCUUUCAUUUUCACCAUAUCUCUUAGGUGCUUAUUAGUAAUAACCCCAUUGCUUUGUGUCUGAUAAGGUUGUUUUAAUGCCUUGUAAAAAAAGUGCUAUCUUUGUGCUGUGACUCCAAGGUCUUUAAUAACUUUAUUCAGGGUGUGACUUGGUGUGUGUGGGGGGGGUGUCUGCGCGUGAGUGUGUGUGUGUGUGUGUGUGUGUGUGUGUGUGUGUGGGCGCAUGCUCUUGCAUGUUAUGGGUAUUAAUGUGCGUGUUAAUGCACUUUUACCUUGCUUUUUUCCCAUCCACGUACGCAACUGUCCAUUAAAGUGUUGGUUUGUCUUAACGUUGUGCAACGUGUAAUGUAUGCACACUGACAAAUACUGUGUAACCACUCGUUUCUCAUACUGAUGCACGUACAGUAAGAAUUAGUCAUAGAAGCUGCUCUGCACAACAGCCAGUGAUGCUCAAUGAUAUACACUGUUCUGCUACACGUAACUGUUUUGAAUGUUGCCAUAAAAAUCCACUUUAUUCAGAAAGUUUAACUACCUGCCUAGGCUUCAUGGAGGUUCUUAAUUUUUCUUCCAUUUUAAUGUUUAUCUGUUACUGUAAAUGGGAGAUGUUUGUUAUUUAGUUUCCUCACUGUAGAAAAAGACCUGAUUCUUGGAAUUACAGAUUGUCAAUUAGCUAAAAGCUAGAGUUACAAUAUAACACAUGUAGAUUCAGAAUGUCUUUCUACGUAUUUCUAAGAUUGCACACAGGAAAGUCAUCAAAUGAUACUACAAAAAAAGGCAUUUUAAUAUCAAAAUAUGAUUAUUUGAAACCCCAAGUUUUAAUGAUGCUGUUCUUAAUAUAAAGUGUGUGUAUAUAUGCAGUAUCUUCAGAACUACUGGUACAUCUUUGGUCUUGAAAAAGAGAUUCACAAACUCAGAAAAAACUUCAUGCCUUUUUUUUUUUUAAGGUCUGUAAGUUUUGUUGGUGGUCUAAGAUGGAAUAUGGUCCCAAUAUUUUGUACAGUCUAUAGUGGUCCACUGAAAAGGAGCUAUUCAGAAUUUUUUUUUUUUUUUUUACCAUAGAGUAACAUGGGAACGAUGGUUAUCACUAUUACUGGCAGCUUUUGCUCGAGUGUGCCAAUAAUAGAGACAGUCAUUUCAGUGGUUGAGUACAAGUUAACACACAUCAGAGAUGGAUAUAGUGCCUUUGAAGCAAAUGAUUUUCUAAGAAUUCUGAUUAUAGUUAAGUGUCAUAACUUGAUUGUUCAUUUUUACAGCCUUAUUUGACUUAUUUUACUACUUUUUCUUAAACAGUACUUAUGAUUAGCACUGGAUGUGUUCUCGGUGUUGACUAAUUGCCAUGCGAUCAUAGAAAAUGCACUAUUUAAUAUGUAAAGUGUCACCCAUGUCAGUGGUAUUAGUAGAUCAUUAAAACAAUAAAAAACAAAUUAAAUUUU